GGGCGAAAGUGAUUGCUGUUGUCGGGCCGGGCUACCAGUACCUGAGAUAUGGCAGUGGGAAAGGGGGGGACAGGAUAGCUUUCAAGCCAGGGCGACGGAAGUGCGAGCGACUUUGGACGAGUGGCAAUAGGAUUCAAAAAACAAAUCCGGACUGUGCUGCUGGAUGUAUUGCGCGAAUGUUGCAGUAUGAUGAGUACUGUGCGAAGUGUUGUGGUGAUGUUGUUGUUGUGUUGUGUGUGUUGUCGGAUAGUAGGGGAGCCAGAGCCAUAUGGGAGAUAUGUGUGUCGGUGCAUGUAACCGUGACGGCGCAUCCCGGACCGUGGAAACUUCGAGUUGCCCUGGUGUCCCCGACGUCAGUUUCAAUUCCUACGAAACCCUAUAUUCACUCCCAACCUCCCCACGCUUUUCCCACAAAAGAUCUCUCAUGCUUACAACCCAAUCAAAAGCCCGCGAUUUAUUUUAGAUGGUCAGCGUCGUGUCGCGGAUUGACUGCGUUGGCCUGGAGGACGAGGCAUCCGUCUGCAGUCCGCGGGUCGCGACGGAAGAGCAAACCCCACGUUCUAUCAGGGCACAUCCCUAUGGGCCAUUCGUCCACCACCGUUGGGCCGUCAUUGGGCCAAACCUACGCUUCCACGCAUCAGCAGACACCUUCCUACUUACUGUACAUAGGACAAGCUCCGUCCACGACCCCACCAACAAAAGAGAGACCAAGUGCCCGACCAGAGGCCAAGCCUCCAAGGAGAUCAAGGGAAAAGCCAAAGAGAGGCCGAGGAGACAUCAUGAAGAAUAAACCCCACUCUACCCCUCCAAGCCCGAGCCCACGUUGUUGAAUGCCGUCGUGAUAGUUAUUUGACGGUGCCGAUAAGUAUUCGGUACCAUUAGGUGCUACUGUACCAUUCUUCCCAUGAUUACUCCAAAGAUACUCGUGGGCCAUUCAAUCACUAUCGUGCCCCAGAGGACAGGCGCGGAAUA